UACAUGCAUAAUAUAUCGAUCAUGAAGUAACAAAAUAAAAAACAUAAUUUCUAGAGAGAGAGAGAGAAAAUAUAGUUCCAAAAUGGAGGAAAACCAUAUUGAUGAUCAUGAGCUUAAUGUUGAUCAUGAUGUGGAUGAUCAAGAGGGUGAGGAAAGAUCAGGUGUUGGAGGGUCGAGAUGGAAUCCAACAAAGGAGCAAAUAGAGAUGUUAGAGAGGAUUUAUAGUAGUGAGGGUGUAAGGACACCAAGUGCAGAACAGAUACGCCAGAUUACUGCUCGACUAAGAGUGUAUGGUCAUAUUGAAGGGAAGAAUGUUUUCUAUUGGUUUCAAAAUCAUAAGGCUAGACAACGUCAGAAACAAAGGCAUGACCGUUUACUUGCUACGGCUGCAGCGACGGCGGCGGCGGCGGCGGCUAAUUCUUCUGCUAAUCACUUUGCUGCUCGUUUUAUUGCUCCUACACCUCCUCAUUAUCAUCCUAAUCCUACUGUUCAUCUUAAUGCUUUACCUCAUCGCCCAAUUUUUCCUACUUACCACCAUCAUUUUCUUCCUAAUCCAAACGUUAUGUGCAACCCAUAUUACCAUAUGCCACAGGCCAACAUUGGGUUAUAUAAUCCUCCACAACAUCACUACAUUGCACCCGCAACAGUUGAUCACGAUCAUCACGGAAUGAAGAAGAGACCAUCAAAACCUAGCAUGAACAAGACAAUGAAUCAGAAUACGGCACGUGGUGAUAAUACCGUAAUUCGGGUCCCACCAGGUUCAACUCUAAGUGGAUAUUGUACUGCCAUGAUGAACAACAACACAAAAUCAAUGGACGAGCAUCAAGGGGAUUCAAUGGGGAUGAGAACACUGAAUCUUUUCCCUGUGCACCCAACCGGAAUAUUGGAGCACAAGCUUGGUGGAAAUAAUUAUAAUAAUUCAGCUGCGAAUUCUUGUGCUACAAGCUCUUCAUCUGAUACAAAUUAUGUGAACGAUCAUCAUCAUCACCACACAAACUUCUUUGAUUUCUUUUCUAGUGAAAGUGGUUGAUAAUCUCUUAAUUGUUACGUAGGAGUAUAACACAUCUAACAACUUUGUUUGUAUGGGGGGUAUAACAUGGUAUUGGUAUACGGCGUACUUCUUUAAUUAGAGAUCUUUUAUUAAAAAGUGUAUGGAUAAUUUUAUGUCUUUUAACCUAUCAAAGAAGCAUGUGCCAACUAACAUAAUGCUUGCUUUGUUAGUUGUUUAUUU